UGCGAGAGCAUCCUAAUUUUAUAUUGGAAAUGUUAGCAAUCGAGUUUGGAAUAAAAUCCAACACUGUUCAUGAUAUUCUUGCAGAAAAAGAAAUUUGGUUAGCCUUAGAUAAAAAUUCGCCACUUGCUAAUUCUAAGCAUUGUAGAACUGUUUCUUAUGGGGAAAUAUUAAAAGUUAAAGCACAAGAAUUUGCAGACAGAAUAGAAAUUAAUGAUUUCAAAGUUUCUCCUGGGUGGAUUACGAAUUUCAAAAAACAUCACAACUUAAGUCAAUUUGCUCGUCAAGGGAAAGGACAAAAGAAAACAAAAGAUUGCAUUAUACUAAUAUUUACUGUGAGUGCUACAGGAGAGAAAUUGAAACCUCUAUUAAUUCACAAAUAUCAAAAUCCACGACCACUUUAUGGAAUCGACAAAGAUACUCUGGCAUAUGAUAACACUAUUGCUCAAAGCCAGUCUCUUUUAACUACUCCUCAAAUCAAUAUUCGUGAAGCUAUCGAAUUUAUUGGAAUCGCAUGGAAUCAAGUAACCACUGAGACAAUAACACAUGCAUGGCAAAAAAUGGGUAUCCUACCUAAUAGUAUCACAGUCGUCGAAACUGAAGAAAGUGUUAAUUUAUCAAUGAAUGCAGAGUUGAUUGAACUCGUUAAUCAAUUUUCUGUUGACACUCAAGAUAUUAGAAUGGAAAUGGCAGAAUUUGUUAAUUUGAAAAAUUCCGUCUCUGUACAUGAUAUGCUGACAACUGAGUCAAUUAUUGCAAUAAUAGAAGGAGAAGAAUUAUCAGAGUUAGAGGACUUUCCAAUAGCCAAAUUCAUUUCUCAUAAAUUAGCUCUCGA